UACCCACUAAAGAGAAAUAGAAAAAUUAAAUUAAAAAUUAAAAAAAAUAUAUGCAAAAUAGACAAAAAAUGACGUCUUCAAGAAAUUAAUCGUUUUCCCCGAAAGCCGCUCUCAGCAUAAUGUUUCUAAAUAAUAUAACUACUAAUUGUCGGACUUGCUUGAGAAGGGAUGGUGAAAUGUUACAACUAUCAGACUAUGCUGAGGGUGAUGAGGAUCAUACUAUUUCCGAAAUGUUGGAUGGAAUUGUGCCACAAAUUCAAAUAAAAGUGGAAAGCCAAUUUUCCCAACUAAUUUGCCAGGCUUGUUUAGCUAAGUUGCUUACAGGUUAUAAAUUUCAACAAUUAUGCAUUGAUAGCAAUCAAAAGCUACAUGCAUGGCUACCUGAAGUAGUCACUUCCAAGGAGGAGCAACAAGAUGGGGAUUUGCAUUUGGAAAAUAUUUUGGAUCCUUUGACUGGAGGGGAUUGUUUUAAGAUGAAAGAAGAGUCGGAAGAACAUGAAAAAUUUGAGUGUGAAAUAAAUCCAGAAGAGGUGGAAUUAAAUAUAAAGUCGGACGGCGAAUGGGAAGGCGCUAGUCUAGAUGGCGAAAGGGAUUACGCAGAAAGAGUAGCUAGUGAUUCAGAUUCAAGCAACGAGAUGCUAUCUGUUUUGAAAGAAAGAAAGCUCAAGAAGUCUUCAAAGAUGCAGGCAUCUGACAAAUCGCCAAGAAAGUCUAGACAUAACUCCGCCUGUACUGUGUUUCCUUGCCCAGAGUGUGGCAAAGUGUUUGAUCGUUUGUAUCGCCUAAAAAGACAUAGCACAGUGCACUCGAAGAAAAGAGCUUUUCCUUGUGAGAUUUGUAAAUAUAGUUUUGCUGCUGAGAAAACCUAUCUCGCCCACAUGCAAAUACAUGAAAUAGAUGGAACUGAUGGCACUAACAACCGCGAAUUCCAAUGUUCAGACUGCCCAAAGAGCUUUGAGAAAAAAGCCGCACUCGUACAACACAGUCAGAUACACAAUAAGAAGAAGCCUAAAUCCAAAAUUCGAAAAUUGAGCAAAGAUAAAGAGGAUGAUUUGGAAAAGAAAGAGACUAAGUGUGAGGGAGAGAACGAAUUCAUAAAAGACCAGAUUGAAGAUUGCCCUCAGGUGCAACCUAAUGAGGAAAAGGAGAAUGCCCAUCAAAUUAUAAGCGAUGAUAUAGUAAAACACGAAUUUGAAAUAACACCAAACAUCUUUGAAGAACCUUUGGAUGUAUAUGACGAUGAUAAUGGUGAAUGGUACGAUGAUGACUACGAAGAUUCAGAGAAUGAGGAUGAGAGCUUGGGAAAAGACCGAACACAUAAAACCAGGAAUGUGCAGAAUACAGAUUUUGUUGAUACGGGAAUAGGAGAAAUUGAAAAACCUAAUACCCGUAACCGCAGGAAUGGAACUUUUCCCUGUGAAGUUUGUAAAAAGAUAUUUGACCGGCCUUAUCGUUUAAAGCGUCACACAUCGGUACACUCCCUCGAAAGACCUUAUGUUUGUGAAGUUUGCAAAUAUCGUUUUGCUACACCUAAUCUCUUAAAGAUCCACAUGAUUCAACAUGAAAAUGAAGCAGGCAGUAAUUUUUCUUCUCGACCCCGACCCGAUGGUUUCAAAUGCCCCGAUUGUCCAAGGCGUUUUGAAAAACAGGCAUCACUCUCAGCCCAUCGUCAAAUACAUACGCGGAACGCUUCGGAAACAAACUACCCCUGCACUGUAUGUCAACGUAAUUUUAUGUCCAUUAGGUCACUUACGGAGCAUAUAACCAAUAAACAUCCCGAAGCGGAGAAACAUAAGUGUAAUCAAUGUGAUAAGACUUUUGUUUUACACGCCCAUCUGGUGGAACAUUUGAACCGACACAAGGGCAAUAAAAACUUUGUCUGCCUUAUAUGUGAAAAAGAAUUUGGUUAUACUAAUACACUGAAGGAACAUAUGCGAACACAUAGCGGAGAAAGUCCAUACCUAUGCCCUCAGUGUGGAAAAACAUUUAGAAGUGCAAGUAAUUUAAGACAACAUAUGGAAAGACACUUUGGUCUUAAGAAAUACCAGUGCCCAGAAUGCCCCAGCCGCUUUAAUUGUCGUUCAGACCUAUGCAAACAUACAUCAACGCACACAAAAGCCAAGCCACAUGUAUGCGAUGUAUGUGGAUCGCGCUUUACCCGAUCGUAUUCACUGCAAAAACACAAACUCUUGCAUUCUGGUGAACGACCUUACAAAUGUGACCAGUGUAGUAUGACUUUUGUUAUCGUAUAUCAUUUGAGGCGUCACAUGAGAACGCACACAGGAGAAAAACCUUAUAAAUGCAAAUUCUGUGAUCGGGCAUAUGCGGAAAGUGGAGAUUUGACCAAGCAUUUACGAACCCAUGUUGGAGAAAAUACUUACAUGUGUACUGAAUGCCCCAUGGCAUUUAAAUAUCAAACGGAGUUGCGUGAACAUCUCUCAGAACAUUAUAAAAUGUCACAGCAACUGAAAAAAAACGAUGAGACACAACAAGCAGAAGAACCCCAACAACAACAACUACUACAACAACAUGAACUAUUGGAUCCCCAAACACAACAGCAUGAACUACUAGAAACCCAAGAACAUAUGCUUCAACAUCAACAACCUCAUAUUCAAGAAGUACAUGAAAAUGAUUCUCCAACACUCAGCCAUGUGGCCAUAAUAAAUUCAAAUCAACCACCAGUAAUACUUGACAUACCCAUUUCAAAUAUAAACAAUCCACCACCACCAAACACUUCACUGAAUCUAGUAGAUGGUUGUUAUGAGAGCAAUCGAAUUGUGGACAUGCUGGAUGUGGUUGUGCCUCAAAUUCGCAUUAAAGAGGCUGGAAAUUCAUUUUCACAUUUAAUGUGCCAGAUGUGUGUUGAUAAAUUAAUCACAGGCUAUAAAUUUCAAAGAUUGUGCAUAGAAACGGAUAAUCAUUUGCGUUGUCAGUUAGGUGUGGCCCCACUUGCAGCUUACAUGAAGUCGGAUGCUUUGAUCGAUACCAUCAAUACGUGUGAACUGCGUCCUGCAACAGAUAGUGGCAAUAAUGUAAAGAAGGCAGAGCGUGUAACAGAAAUUAGCAAUACCAAUACAAAGUUUGAAUGCAGCGAUUGUGGAAAAGUGUUUGAUUGCAUGUCACGAUUAAAAGGACACAGUACACUUCAUCGCAACAAGAAAGAAAAAGAAAAAGCUCUCAAAGAUCAACAAAAUAAGGAACAAGACGAAGCGAACGGGGAAAAAGAUAUAAAUACGGUGGAAAAUAUCGUGGUAGCUCCUCAAAUAUAUGAAAAAUCAAGCGAGUAUGUUUUAAAUACCGAAGCGUUGAUGGCGAACAAAAUUAAUACCACAGAAGAAAGCAAUGAAAAGAAUAAAACGGACGAAGACGUGUCAAGCCCCAGUAAAAUUAAGAAACGUAAAAGAAAAGAGGAAACUUGGAAGAAGAAUGUGCUAAAAACUGCUCGGAAUUCAGGAAAAUCAUACGUAUCACAUACACCAGAGAAAAAAGUACGAAGUGAAAGGAAAGUAAAACCACCAUGCUUGGACAGUUGUAAACUUAAGUGCACCACAAAAUUAAACGAAAAUGAAAGGAACACAAUUUUUUCAAAUUUCUGGAAAUUGGCUAAUUUGGAAAAACAACGGCAGUACAUAGCCAACAACACCGAACCCAUUACACCCAAAUAUCGCUAUGUGCGUGGAGAUGGAAGUCGAAAACCCAGAAUUAUGAACAAUGCCUUCUAUUUUCGUUUGGGUGAAAAGAAAAUAAGAGUCUGUAAACUCUUUUUUAAAAAUACCUUAGACAUAAACGAUCGCAACAUAACAACUGUGCUAUUAAAAAAGCACAAAGUGGCAGAUACUAUAUUGGAAGAGGACAAAAGAGGCAAACAUGGAUGUUCUGAAAAGAAAUACUUUUGCAAAAUAAAAUAUCGAAAUAUGUCUUUGAGAACUAUAAGCAAAUGUCGAACGUGUUUGGAAGCGGUAGGCAAGUAUCAGCUAUCGGAAUACAUCGAAGAGGAGAACAACAUUUUAGAAAUGUUAAAUGAAGUUGUACCUCAAAUUCACAUAAAAGAGGAGAAUCAGUUUUCUGCCUACAUAUGUCAGACAUGUCUGGAAAAAUUAUUAACAGGCUACAAAUUUCAAAGGCUUUGUAUUGAGACUCAUAAACAACUAGAAAAAAUGCAAUGCGAUUUAAGUCCAAAUCAAUCACAAAUUCCUGAUCCUCUGAUGGAGGAGGAACAAUCCCUAGAUAUUAAGGACGAACUAAUAGCAAAUGAAAGCUCCAAUGAUUGUGAAGUGAAUACCUGCAAUGUGGAAGUGAUAUAUAAGUCGGAUGCUGAUUCAGAAGUAGCCAGUGGUGGUGAUACAGAUUCCAGCAAUGAAAAGCUAAGCGUUUUAAAGGAAAGAAAAUUGGGAAAAUGUUUGAAAACCAAAAAAGUGACCAGUAAACAAAACUCAAAAGACAUUUACCCAUGUCAAAUAUGUGGCAAACAAUAUCAUUGCUUUAGUCGUCUAAAGGUCCACAUCGCUUUACAUGAAGCUAAAAAAAUUGGCAUUGCUCAAGAAAAAGGUAGCAAAAAGCCUCAAAAAACUUCAGAGAAUCAAGAGGAUCAACAAGUUAUACCAAAGAUUUUAGAGAACCCAGCAGAGGAUAAUAAUAAAAGCUUGGAUAUAGGAGAACAAAAAAUGUUGUCGCCUGAAACUUUAAAGGUGGCUGAUAACAACGAGCCAUUAGAUAAAGAUGAAGACCAAAAUAAAAUGCCAAAUAACAAUGACAGUAAAUAUACCUGUGAUAACUGUGACAUGGUCUUUGAUCGUCCAUUUAGGCUAAAACGUCACCAACGCCAGCAUUCAAGCGACAAACAUCCAUACGGAUGUACACUUUGUAGACGAGACUUUUUUUCUGCCAAACCCCUUAUCAAGCAUAUAAGAAAGGAACAUCCAGAGGCAGAAAAAUUCAACUGCGACCAGUGUGAAGAAACAUUUAUUCUGCACAAUCAUCUAAUAAAGCACCUGAAGAAACGUCACAAGAGUGGCCGAAUUCUAUUCUGUGAUAUAUGCGAUAAAGAUUUCAAAUAUAAAAGUUCUCUCGAAAAACACAUGCGUAGCCAUAACGGAGAAAGACCCUAUUUAUGCGCCCAAUGUGGCAAAACAUUUAGAAGCUCAAGUAAUCUAAGCGAACAUGUGACUAGGCAUUCAGGGCUACCUACGUUUGCAUGCCCCGAAUGCCCCAGACGUUUUAAGUGCGGAUCAGACCUCAGAAAGCAUACUGCAACACACACCAAUUUGAAGCCACAUGUUUGUGAUAUCUGCGGCUUUCGUUUUACAAGAGCCUAUUCUUUGUUGGAACACAAACGUUUGCAUACUGGGGAGAGGCCUUUUAAAUGUGAUCAGUGCGACAAACGAUUCGCUAUUGUUUAUCACCUUAAACGGCACAUGCGAACGCAUACAGGAGAGAAACCAUACAGAUGUAAGUAUUGCGAGCGAGCUUAUGCUGUGGGAGGGGAUCUAACCAAACAUUUGAGAAUUCAUUUGGGCGAGAAAACAUAUCUGUGCACCGAAUGUCCCAUGGCGUUUAAAUAUAAUUCGGAAUUACGCAAACAUCUUAUAGAACACUAUAAAAUGAGCCAAAAUGAGCUCAAUAAUGGCAAAGGAAAAGGACAUGAACUGAAGGAAGAUAAUAAGGAAAAACAACAAGAUGAAAUAUAAUCGAUACAAAUCGAUAAGAAUUUCUGGAGGCUUAUAACUGAAAAUGAAUCAUAACUAACGGAAGACAUAAGUAAAUAAAUGUAAAAUAUUAUUAAAAUAAUAUUUAAUUUAUAAAUUUUAAUAACAAGUAAAAGCAGUGUUACGUUCGGCA